GAAAAUCUGUGAUAAUCAAAAUGGAGAACGAGAGAAUAGAUGAAGGAAACCACAAUCUCUGGCUCCCGUCCGAGUUUCUUCACCGGUCUGCUUCCGGUUUCUUGAGAUGUUUCGGCCUUCAACGUUCAUCGUCAUCCUCAUCAUCAUCGUCAUGGUCAUGGUCAUCAUCUUCGUCGGAGAUUGAAUUUCACUCGGAUGAUGAUGAUGUCGAGGGGUUGGAGAUAUCGGAAAGGAAGCUAAAGCCGAAACCGAAAUCACCGAAGAAGCCUGCUCCGACCAAAGGAAGACCCGGCGGUGUUAAUUAGCAUAUAUAUUGCUCAGAUUCUCAUUGUUACAAAAUACUAUUGUAUUCGUAUAAAACAAUCACAUAUGCACGCACAAGCGUGUGUAUAUAUAUAUAUAUAUAUGUGCAUUGUAGGAUCGGUCCAAUUCAAAGUUAUUGAUAGUUAAAAUCUCUAUCGAAUUAAUUACCGAAAGGUGCCGAUUUUUU